ACAUGUCCAAUCACCAAUCGCCACAACAACCUACCUACACGAACACGAUCAGAAUUCCCCAUCCACAACCUUGAUGCCAAGACCCCAGUUUUAAGUAGAUGCCUAAUCACAAAGUGUUGUAGGAGGAGCUUCAGAGAAAACAGCCUUCAGGAUAUAGUUGAAGAAAGAACAUCCACCAAACAAGUGAUCUCUACAUUUAACCCCACCCGGGCAUAACACACAACAUCUAGUAAGAGUUUACCCCCACAUUAUGAAUUUUUCAGCAGUAGUGAUCUUGCUAUGCACAAUCAACCAAGCUCAGACACUAUAUUUAUGAAUGAGUAACUUCCCCCAAACCAAAGCUGCCCAACCAACCUGGGGUGAGACCCUUUGAUGUUGUGCCAAACUUUUGACACUGAAUAACGAGGCAUGUAGGUACCAUCCAUAGAAGAGAACAAGCUGACCCUGUGAUAAAUCCACUAGCAAUGGCCCUGAGCUUAUGCAUAUGCUUUCAAACCGAAGUUCCCACAAAGGUAGAGGAGACUUCCCAUAUAAAUUUGGAUUUGAAUCUGUAAGUUCUAAUCCACGCAACCCAGAUGGAUCCACUGCAAGCUAGGAUUGACCACAAGUGCCUAAUGACACAAGCUUUGUUCCACAACCGGAAAUCCUUGAUCCCCAUCCCACCUUCAGACUUGAGCAACACUGCAAAAGACCAUGAAGCGGGCGCUUUAAGCCAAGUACUCCCUUCCCACACCCCACAAGAAGUUGUUGUAGAGCCUAUCAAUCUCCUUCAGGAUAGCAGUUGGCAAAACAAAGACAUUCAUCCCAAAUUGCAAUACACUAGAGAUGACAAGAAAUCAAUUGCACCCUACCUGUGUAGCUUAAUGUUUUAGCAUGCCAGCCCCUUAUGCGAGCAGUGAUACCAUCUACCAAGACUUGACAGACAACCUUGCUGAGCUUACCCAAUAUCAAUGGAACACCCAGGUAACGAACAGGAAGGCAUGCAAGUGGGAACCCUAUACAAGUCGAGAUAAAAAGGAUGGAUAUACCUUUCUUGUUUGAUUUGUGAUGUUUCGGCCUUUCUUGUCUGGUUUCUUUUCUUUCUGUUUUGGUUCGUGAGAAUUGUGGUGUGGUUUCACAUAUUUCUUUUCUGCUUCAUGAUACUUUGGCUAGCUUUAUGAGUUUCUAGUAUGUUUCAGGAAACGUGUGGUCAUCUUUGAGAUUUCUGUUAUGUUUUUAUGAGUUUUAUGGUUCGGUGAGCUUCUGAGCUGCUUCAUGUAUUUUGUGAUAUUGUGGCUUGUCAUUUUUCUGACCUGAGUUAUCUUGUUUGUUUUAGGAUACUUGUCAUCGACACACAUUUUGCUUUUAUAGUUUUACAAGUGACAAAGUGUUUUCCUCCCUUUAAAAUCAAUAUUAAAUUAUGAUCAACACCUUUAAUAUCAUCUCAAUAUUAUAUUGGCUUAGAAUUACAACUAAACAAAAAGGAUGGAUCCCAAGUUAAACGCUAAGCGAAAAAACAAACGAACUUCACACCAAGUCAGCGACUUGACAACCACAAGCUCGAUUGUUUGAUGUGUUGAUAGACUUUUAUCUAUCAUAUAAAAUACAACCAUAGAAUUUCUCUUACCGUAGGCAUCUUAGCUUAAAACCCAUUGAACUAAGAUGGAACACAACCGACCAUUGUAAGGCACUCAAAGUGUAUCACAUAUGGUCAAUAUAUCGAUCCACUGAUUGACUAAUUGAAUCAACCGAAGUUAUCUACUAUACUCCAAAUAAGUUUUGCUUGACCCUCAAUGAUCUUAUGUAGAAAAUCUUUAUGACUUUUACAAGAGUAAAUGUCAAAGCUUUACAUCAAUAUUGGAACCAUGCACAUCAUGAAAAUUAGAUACCAUGAAGUCGUUUGUAUCAAUGAAUUAUUAUUCAUAUCACAUUAUAAGUCAUCUUUUCUUUUUGUUCAUUUUUUUUAUAAAUUGUAAUCUACUAGCUUUUUUAUGUGUCCUUUUCCCCAUUAUUAAUUGGUAAUAUAAUAACUAUAUACAUCCAAGAAAUUGCCAUUGUGUUCUCCAAUAUAUUUGAUGAAAUCAAAGCCUCCAAUCACAAAACAAGUUAAUUAACAAGAGGUUUCCAUGUUAAUGUUGUUUUCUUUGAAUCAACGUAACAAUAAAUUCUUUCUUUACAAUCAAGUACAUGUGCUAGCUCCUUGUUAUGUGAGACCCGAUCAAAAUCCUCUAGCUAUAUGCUCCACGGUGGAUGAACGAAGUGCAAGAAGACACAUUCCAGCUCUCGUUACAGGCAAACAGAAUGAAUACAAACAGAAUUACUAGGAUUAGGAAUAUACAUUGACGACAACAAAGAAAUCAUGGACAUAUGGAAAGAAAUUCCUAAUGCAUCCACCUUACGAUGAUAGAAAUUAAGGGAACUUAUGAUUAGUUGCAGGACAACAUAAUUAAUGAAGUGGAUCAGACGACUAAAAUCACAUGAGUGAAAUAUUUCAUCUUAGAAAUUGAAUUUUAUGAUUACUUAGUAUCUCUAUACUUUUUUUUUUACUAUAACGUGGAAAUCCCCAAUGUAUACAAUGUCAGGAAUUACAAAGAAGUUCAUGUAUGCCAGACAAGAUUGUAAAAGUGAGUUCAGGCUUAUAGCCCUCUUGCUAUCUAGUAACCAUCAUUGAUUUUUUUUUAUGGUAAUAAUACUUUGUUUGAGAAUUUAAUUCCGAAGCAUUAUCGUCGCCAUUCAUGAUUUUACCAGCCCAACUUCUCUUCGAGGGAUCUUUGUUAGCUGAGAUAUAUGCCGGUAAAAGUAAAUUAGCAACAAAUUUUUUGUGCCACUAGAAGACAAUAAAAUAAUAUUUCAUAAGUGAAAUCAGUCACAACAUGCAGUACUGGUGAUACACGGUUUAUGUGUCGCUAUUGGACCAUUGAGUCACAUAAAUCACCUAAACCGCUAAAAUUCGAUUUUCUGGUAGUGCAAGUUUCGCUAUAACUUCCACACUCAAACUAUAAGAUUUAAAAGUUGAAUCUGCCAUAUAUAAUCCUUUUGUAGCUUGUAAGUAGCUCCACCACUAGUUUCAAUCUUGUGAGAACGCAUUAAUUGAAUCCAUCGGUGCGAGAUUGACUGUUUGAUGGUUGGCCGGAAUUUAGCCUUAGCUUUCCCCCAUCAUGCUCUUCGUGAAGCUGCCGGCGGAGGGGACUUUUGCCGUGUGUCUAUCUGGCUUAUUAAUGGCUUUAUAUUUGGGCUUUACUCCCUGUUCUAUAAAACAUGCCGGCGGAUCCUGGAAUUUAGCUUUGAGUUGGACAAAGACAUGACUUUCUUUUCUUUCUUUCCUGUCUUUUGAUCUCAACUUGGUCCAUGAUUCAUUCAUCACCUCGGACCUCCUUUUAGAGAGGAAAGAAAUAGUAAAUAGCAAAACAUAGGUAGUUGAUCGGGUAGAACUUUGUAAUAAAAUUGAUGAGGUGUUUUAAUCAAACCUCUUCUAACAACUUAAUUUAUAUCAUUGGAACGAACGAUCUUGUUGAAGUGGUGAGAGUAGUCUGGUUUCUUCACUUUUAACAUCAUACACUUAAUUGAUAUUUUUCUUUGUGAAACGUUGUACUUAAACCAAGAUUUAAUUUUAGAGAUACGUUGAUGUGAAUUCUUGACUCAAAACAAUUAUGAAAAAAGAAAAUUGGAAUGGGAAAGCGGCGGUGUUCAAUAUAAAUAAAGUAUUAGCUAGGAUAACAACUUGACAAACACUACACAAACUGAUAGGGCAAGCCAUCCAAAUCCACCUUUCUUCUCCUCCUCUCUCUUUCAAAAGGAAAACAAGUGGUUGGAGUCAUCAAAACAACAAUGACACUUCAUAACCUAACAAUGCCCCUUCAUGGGAACGAAAAUAUGAACCAUAGAUCUUACCCCAAGCUCCAAGGUUGUUUUCUAUCAGUUUCAACUAUUGAGUCACAAAUUAAAAGUAAGUGGGUUGAGCUUCGAUUGAUCACAAUUAGAAUAAGUUUGAUAGAUAAAAAUUAACCCGUAUUGGGGGUGAAAAGCAUACCGAAGAAGUGAUUGUAAAGAAAAGCAGAAAGAUGCAAACAUUUGUUUGACUGAAUCACUUGGUCGAUGGCAAAACAAAAAUCUUUAAAUUUCUUAUUAUAAUUUAAAGAUGAAAUGUACACAAAUAAUCUGAUAGAAUAGUCGAUCGGUUCGUAUCAAGACCGACUCAACCAACUGGCCUGGUCCAUCCCCCUGUUCAAUAACAACCAUGCAUGAUGAUGAUGUCCUCCCCAAACCAUAAUUUUGAAUUGAUUCGUGGGGAAGGUGGGCACGUUAACAACUCAUUCUCCAUGAUUGAAUUGCAGGUAGGCUCCCUGGGAAAAGAAAAGAAGGAAGAGAACUAGAGAAGAGAGUCGUAAAAGAAGCCAGAUGGAUCUACACAACCCGCAGAUUUUAUUCCCCUGAAUUUCCACAGAUAGAUAGACAUAUAUAACGAGAGAGAGAUUCUAGGUUAGCUAGCUAUGAUCACUCGACACUCAUGCAUAUACACAUUACAUGCAUUCUCACUACUCGUUCAUAUUCAAUCAGUAAUGUAUCGUUAAACUAAGGGCCCGUUUAGUAUUGUUGCUUGUUUUUGUUUCCUGUUGUGUUUUAAGAAAUUUGGAAAACCAAGAAAAAAAAAACGUGUUUAGUUGGGUUUUUAUUUUUUGUUGUGAAUCAGAGUUGCACAACAAGGCCCAAAUAUGAGAAACAACAAUUUAUAGCUUUGGAUCUGAUUCUUAAACAUGUUGCACACGAGAUUCCUACUGAUUGGGCGCUUGAACUAAAAUAAAUCGACUGCUCCGUUCUUAGAAUUAUAUAGUAGACGAAAGGUGUAACAAAUGAUAAAACAUAACUAUGCAAGCCGUGUCAAUGUUUCUUUCAAUUUUGUAAGGUGAUUUCAUUAAGAUGUGGUGUUGGAGAGUUCGUGAUAACAAUUUCUGUCGAAACCUAUCUAUCUAUCUUGUCAUUACUUGGUGGAAGAAAUGAAUUAUGCAAGGUUAGGACAGGUAUAAAUUAUGUACAAAAUACGCGGUACCAGAAUGGGAAAGAACACCAAAAAAAAAUCCUCAUCAUCAUAUACUCAGUUGACAAGUGUCCUUUACCUAGAAACAGGCUGUCAUACAAAAUACAAUCAAACAAACGAAAUAUCUUCCUUCGCAUAUAUAUAAAAAAACAAAUGGAAAGAUCUAUUAUUGUUAUUAUUAUUAUUAUUAUUAUUAUUAUUAUUAUUAGUUUUAUUUUUAUCGUUAUACCAACCAGUGGAACCAGGGAUACAUAUGCUGGAUCGUUGGUUUGCGGUGGACAACAUUCCAAUAUAGUGACAGAGAAAGGUUACAAUUUGGGGUUUCAGUAAGGAUAUCUCUAUUUGGAUUUACGGUUGACAUAAUCAUACUAAUCAUUGAUUAAUAUAAGUUCUUGUGACAAGAGACUCGGGAUCUAUAAGUGGUAACAAUUUUUUAUGGUAUUGUUAUUGAAGGGUAGUAACUUAAAUCUUACAGGGAAAAGAGGAUUGCUAGUGACAUAUUAAUGAUGGUGUAAGAGAGUGUUCCAUUGAGAGAUAUAGCAUUCGAGAGUAAAAUAUUGAAAUAAGAAGUGACUUUAGUUCAAUGCUUUAGAUACCGGAUCAGAUCGGCCAUUGGGAUCGGAGACCAUAUCCCAAAUCGAACACAUAUUAGUGGUAUAUGAUGAUUUAAUCACAAAAUAUCAUAUUAAUGAUUUUUUCGAUGCGAUUUUACAACUCUUGCUUUAGUCACGGAAUGGUCAUAUAUUUGUCUAGUGAGCUCAUUUGGUACCUGAAAUUCAUGGAAUGGUCUUAUAUUUCUAUGAAACUCGUUUGGACUUAUGUUCAUUUAUAGGUGAGCAGAGAGUUACAGAUACUCAGACGCUUGUCAUAGCAGAAAAUAUUAGAAGGCUAAGUGUCUAAGAGAUCAAACUUCUAAUUGUUGUAAUAUUCUAGAUUACACACACAAGAUUCAUAGCAGAGAAGAAAUAUACUACACAAUAAAGCAAUACAAUGACUUAACAUACAUAGGAGUGUCGAAACAGACAAGUACUCAAUAAAUUUUUUGUAAGCGA